GGCUCUGCGGUACAGUUACGUGUCGCCAUUUAUAAUUGGCUGCUAUGUUACAGGCAGUCACAAUCGGUGGCGCAAUGUAGCGUUGUAAAAUACGUACGUAGACAUUUUUUGGGUAUAAAACUGGAGGAGAGACCGGUAGUGGGCAGUCAGCCUCCAACCAUGAAGCUUUUCCUUGCAACACUUUCUCUCGUGCUGUUCUUCAGCAACGUUCAAGGUGAACUCGAUUUUGGCGAUGGGCUCCAGCAAAUUCUUCGUUGCGCAGCUCAGAAGGCCACUUCGCUACUACCAGACGAGAUUGCAGCCAUUAUGACUAAAGCGAGUGUGUUAAAGAUCUGCCAGACCGCCGAGACGGCCGUGGAUGUCGGCAAGCUCUUGGAGUGUCUCAUAACGAAUCUUCAGAGCGCCCUCACGGAUCUUGCAAAAAAAAUGUUGGCGUUGGGUCCACUUGUUGGAGGUUUACUGCUUGUUGUUUUAACUUUGCUUGAUAAGGUCUUAGGGGGGGUCUUGCAACUCCUUCUUACGCUAUUGGAUAUUCCCAGUAUUUCGGAAUGUAUACAGAAGCAACCACUUCUGUGUGGCCUAUUGGGUAAGCUGCCACUCAUUAAGGACCUAUUAAGAUGCACCCAGUGAGUGUUGAGCGCUUGAUUUAUUUUACCAUUAUUUUAUGUAGCAUGUCAGUUUACAAAUUGUAAAAAAAAUGAUAA